CGGAAGUGAUAGUGAAGACGCGUUCAUGUUAGCCUCCUGAAACGAAUGGAAGCUAACACUGUUUAGUUUGUAAACACUCAUUUUUUUUUGUAUCACCUCAGCUGUCACCGUCCGCCCUUGUCAUAGACACGAUAGUGAUCAAUGACGGCUUUGGUCAGCCAUGGCUGUCGUGUCAUGGAAGGAGAUUUUACUUUUGACUGGACUGGUGGUGGGAUGUUACUGGAACAGUCUGUCGUGCGGAUUUGCGUUUGAUGAUGUCUCAGCUAUUCUUGACAACAAGGAUCUACGGCCCUUAACUCCUCUCCGCAAUCUGUUCCUCAAUGAUUUCUGGGGAACACCCAUGGCUGAGGAGCGGAGCCAUAAAUCUUACCGACCCUUGACAGUGCUCACCUUCAGACUGAACUACCUCUUCAGUGAGCUGAAUGCAGCUUCUUACCAUCUGCUCAACGUCGUUUUACAUGCAGUUGUAUGCGUGCUUUUCCUGCGAGUGUGCCGACUGUUCCUGGACAGGACUUCUGGCUUGGUGGCAGCGUUGCUGUUUGCGGUCCAUCCCAUCCACACUGAAGCUGUAACAGGUGUGGUCGGCAGAGCGGAACUUCUUUCUUCGAUUUUCCUCCUGGCUGCUUUCCUGGCCUACACAAAAUCAACAGGUGCAGACCACUCCAUUGUUUGGACUCCUAUUGCUCUGACGGUUGUUUUAGUGGCUGCAGCAACUCUGUGCAAGGAGCAGGGAAUCACUGUCGUCGGCAUCUGCUGUGUCCAUGAAGUGUUUGUUGCACAAGGGUUCACCCUGCCCUUGCUGUUGGACACACUGCGGCACGUCCUGCAGGGUAAAGACGGCUUUCCUUACGCUGUCCUGCAAACUCUCCUGAAGCUCAUUGUCCUUGUCAUCAGCACCCUGCUGCUCGUCAUCAUCAGGGUCCAAGUCAUCCAGUCCCAGCUUCCUGUCUUCACCAGAUUUGAUAACCCAGCAGCAGUUAGCCCCACUCCUGCCAGACAGCUGACCUUCAACUACCUACUUCCUGUGAACGCGUGGCUGCUGCUCAAUCCCUCUGAGCUCUGCUGUGAUUGGACCAUGGGCACCAUCCCUCUGGUGGAGUCGCUCCUGGACCUUCGUAACCUGGCCACCCUGAUGUUCUAUGCCUUCAUUGGCCUGCUAGCUUACCACAGCCUGCGCUACAGACAUAGCUCUGCCAAGACUGUCAUCAUGGCCCUGUCUUUGAUUGUCCUGCCUUUCAUCCCUGCGUCAAACCUCUUCUUCCCCGUGGGUUUUGUUGUGGCGGAGCGGGUCCUUUAUGUGCCCAGUAUGGGCUUCUGCGUUCUUGUUGCACAUGGGUUCAAGAUUGUCUCACAGAAAGGACACCUGAAGAAGAUUUCCUGGCUGAUAAUUGGGGUGCUUUUAACAACACACACGGUGAAAACAUUCAACAGGAACUGGGAUUGGGAGUCAGAGUACACCCUCUUCACUUCAGCCCUGAAGGUCAACAAGAACAACGCCAAGCUGUGGAACAAUGUUGGCCACGCUUUAGAGAACCAAAAUAAUUAUGCAAGGGCACUCCGGUAUUUUCUCCAGGCCACCCGCGUACAGCCAGAUGACAUCGGCGCUCACAUGAAUGUCGGAAGAACCUACAAGAAUUUAAACAAGUCCAAAGAGGCGGAAGAGGCCUACCUGGUUGCCAAAUCCCUCAUGCCACAGGUUAUUCCUGGUAAGAAGUAUGCGACGCGUGUGGCGCCGAACCAUCUGAAUGUUUACAUAAACCUCGCCAAUCUGAUACGAGCCAACGAAUCUCGGCUGGAGGAGGCGGACCAGCUCUAUCGACAAGCAAUCAGCAUGAGACCAGACUUCAAACAAGCAUACAUUAGCAGAGGGGAGUUGCUGCUGAAGAUGAACAAGCUCUCAGAUGCCCGGGACGCCUACCUCCGAGCCUUGGAGCUGGACCUCACCAACGCUGACCUGUGGUACAACCUGGCCAUCGUCAACAUCGAGAUGAAGGACCCAUCAGAGGCCCUGAAAAACUUCAACCACGCCCUGGAGCUCAACCCACGCCACAAGCUGGCACUGUUUAACUCGGCUCUUCUCAUGCAGGAGUCUGGUGAGCCAAAGUUCUGGCCUGAGGCAAACCGUCGUUUCCUACUCUAUGUGGAAGAGGAGCCUCAAGAUGCCAACGGCUACUUCAACCUGGGCAUGUUGGCCAUGGAUGCCAAUGAAAACGCAGCAGCUGAGCGCUGGAUGCGUAAAGCCAUCGGUUUGCAGGCAGGCUUCCGCAGUGCUCUAUUUAACUUGGCUCUGCUUUACUCUCAGUCCAAACGGGAGAUUGAUGCGCUGCCCGUUCUGGACGAGCUGCUGCGCCACCACCCUGAGCACAUCAAGGGCCUGAUCCUGAAGGGAGACAUCCUCAUGAACCACAAAAAGGACACACAUGGUGCCAAAGAGUGCUUUGAGCGCAUCUUACGCAUGGACCCCACAAAUGUGCAAGGAAAGCACAACCUGUGUGUGGUUUACUUUGAGGAGCGUGACCUGCCACGGGCGGAGCGCUGUCUCCAGGAAACUCUGGCCCUAGCACCGAACGAGGAGUAUGUGCGCCGUCACUUGAGCAUUGUACGAGGGAAAAUGGCUGCCAUGAGCGCGGCAGGGCAUCCUCUUACUGCAACAGAGGGAGCUGCCGUGUUGGCCGAGGAGGAAAAGGAAAGGAGUGUUAAGGAAGAGGCAGAGGAGGGGGUUGUUAAGGGAGGGGAGGAAGGGCGGGGUGCUGAUGAUGUUGGAAAGGGGGUUGGGGAUGAGAAGAAUGCACGGAAAUCCUCUGCAGAAAGCCUGGAAGGUGUGGGCGUGGACCAAUCGGAGUCUUUGGAGGGCAGCCAGCCCGACAAGCGGACUAAGGGUAAGUCAACUAAUGAGAUUAAAGAUAUAGAGGAAAAAAGAGCAGCUGCCUUGAAGAGACUAGAGGAGAUUGAGCGCAUAUUAAGUGGUGAUUGACACUGUAAUACUUUAUAGGGUGGACUACUUUUAUAGAGCUCUCUAAUGCUCCGAUGUAAGACUGCAUUUCCCCCGUUAGAAAUGUGUAUUCUUAAUCAGUUGUCAUGUUAUUUCUUUGAUUUUUCAGGCUGCUCUGUGUGGCUCUGCUGUUGUCACAAUAAUCAUGUUAAGAAGGGAAAUGUAUGUACACAUGAAACUCUUGAAACAAUAAGCACAAAGCCAAUUUGGGGAAAAAUCUAUUUAAAGCUUCUGGCGCGAUGUAGAUGCCAAUGUGUAUCAUCUGAAUGCGACUUCACAUAUCGUAGAUCUGCAGUAGUUCUAAAUAUGUUUUGUUUUCCAUGUGUAGUCAUUGUUUAUCACUGGAUAUUUGUUCACUAAGAUGUGACUCGCUCCUGUGUUAUUGUUUUUAAAAACAGAAUGAUUGUAUGAGACAAUUAAAGGAAAUGACGUGUUCCCCAGAUUUCCUCAAGGCAGGAUGAUAUCUGCGCCUGAGUUUGCACCUCAAAAUAAACCACAGAGAGAGAGAGAGAGGGGGAAAAAACCCCUCCACACUACAACAACAGCAGGCUUCAGCUCUCUUCCAGCAACACCUUCUAAUCUUUAUUGAUCUCACACGGCACUUCCUGCCUCUGCAUCAUCAGCUCCAGCGCUCACAGCUGCCUCCAUCUCCACAAUUUCAUUGUGAUUCCAUCUGAAGACGAUUAUCUCACCCUCUUUGUCACAUUACCCCCUCACAUCUCCUCGCCUGCCUCCCACUAUUCACACACUACAGCCACAUUAAGGACGAAUGUUUUUUCCUGCUUUUCUUGUUUGGUGUACUCCUUCAAUACUAAUCACACUCAACCCAUUUAUUCUGCCGGUCAACAAUGACGCAUCCUCACCGUCAGGCUUCAUCAUGUGUUCCCUGUUUUCCUUCUACUUCACAGGGAGAAUUUUCACAGCGCAUUAGAAAAACAGAUACACUCUUUCAUCUUUCUCAGCAGUGAUUUAAGAUGUUUUAGCUCCCCGGCACUAUAAUAUUCAUCGGAAUGUUCCCCAUGUUACAUUUUUGUAGUAGUCUUUGUGCUCUCCUUUUACAGCUGGGAUCACUCCCAGAAGAAAAUGCUCUGCAUUUGUUUGUAGUAACCACUGAUUUUAUGAAGUGUCCAAUUAAUAACAACAAAUCUGUGAGAAUAACAGCUAUUAUUUUGAAGUUGGAAGGGUUAAAACGUGUGGAAACUGUAUGAAAAAAUAGAAACAAAUAGCAAAAUGUAAAAGAAUACUCAUAGGCAUUUUUAUUUUUUUCUGUAUGUUAUGUGCCCCCCCAUAUUUAGAUUUUCUAAUUUUUCUAAACCUAUAGCCCUUUAUUUUUCCUCAUGCUUUCCCAAAUGCUGUUUGGGAAAGCCAUUUGUUGAACAGCAAAGCUGGGAAUCCACUGGCCUUGGUUGGAUCUUCCUACCUGGUUUGAUAAUCACAUUAAAAUAAAUAAUAAUAAAGGUAAACAAUAAAAAUAAAGGUUUAUACAUUAAACAAAUACACAUUUAGAAAUCGACAUGGAAACAUGUAUACAGAAAUAAAUGGGCAAAAGGAAAAAUGAAUGGAAAUGCUUAUCAUUACUUCUUUUAGUUUGCUAUAUUUACUCACACUUGUAUAUUCUUUAGCAGAUAAGUUGUAUGUAAUGGCACUCGUAUGACUCCAAAAGCGAGUACACAAACAAACAGAAAGUAUUAGAAAUGCACAGAUCUCUUCUUCUACUGUUUCUUCAGGUCUUUCUUUUCAAACACUACACCACUAUACAACCAAGCUGCUGAUUGGAUGCUUCUCAGGAGGUAUGACUAUUAGAAAACAAAAACAAAAAAAAGGCAUGCAACCGAUAGUCAAAACACAUUCAUGUCAAUGUACAAAUGGUUUAUAGCGUAUCCUCGACAGGAGCUCUGAGACUUUAAAAUGACCAGAAUCCAUCGCACGCGUUGCAAAGCAUGUUAAGUAGAAAUAACCUUCUUUGAGAGCCGCUGUUAAUGUCGUCUUCACAGCUCCCGUGAUGUUCCUGUUUGGGCUUCACAGUGCAAUAAUUAGUUUCAUUACGACGACACUGCUCGGUGCAAUUCUUCAUUGUGUCUUAGGGGACAGCAGCUUGAUUACUGUAAGUUAGGAGCACUGUGGUGGUACUAAGGAGCUUUACUAUGCAUCGACUGUUCAGCCCCUUACAUUCUGUGUACAUAUUUACCAUGUACUUGUAUCCAGUGUUAUUUAUUUUCAUAUGCACUGCAAAUACUGGUGUUGUUUGUUUGUUUACCACUGACAGUAUACUUUAAAGUCAUGGUGCAUAUUUUUGUUGCUACUAAUAAGCAAUAUGUGUCACUUGUUAAACAUGUCAUAGAUGUGUUUUUUUCUUCAUUUUUUUUAACAGAGCCCCCCAUUUCAGUGUUAAUCCAUGAAAUAUUCAAUCAUCUGUCCACUUGGAAAACUAGGUACAGCUUUGAAUGAUCCCGUUUGCAAUAUUUUCUGUUAUGUCUCAUUUUGCUGAGUGAAUGAUUUUUGUACGAUUAUACAAUUAUUAUUUUUUUAAAUUCAAUUGCCCUUGGUGGUGGGGGUGUAGGUUAUUAAAUAAAUUCAAAUAAAAUGA